CAUUCAUCUUCAUCAUUAUCAUCAUCAACAUCGGAAACAUUAUCAUCAUCAAAUGAUUUUGAUGUUUCAUUACGUUGUUCUGUACCAAUAUUAACGCCUUAUACAUUGAAUAUAUCACUUAUUGAUCCAAUACAUACUGUACGUUUAAUGAUUCAAUGUUUUGGUACAAAUAAUGGUAUUGGUGAUGGUAGUAAUGUUGGUGUCAAUAGUGAAGGUAUACAUCAUCUUCAACCAAUAUUUCAAUUUGAUGAUCCACAUUCAUCAUCGAUCAAUAGACAAUCGAUAUUUCCACAACAGCAACAAUCAUUAUAUCAACGUUCAACAUUAUUACGCACCAGUAAUAUUGGUCAUCAUCAUCAACAACAACCAUUUGAACAUUUACAUUCAUUACAAUCAUUACAGAUUGAUGAUUGUCUAUUCGAUCGUAUACCAACCGAUACAUUUCGUGGCCUAUCAUCAUUGAAAAAUCUCACGAUUCGUCGUGCAUCAUCAUCAUCAUCGUCAACAAGCAACAUUCAUGAUGAUAAUAAUAAUAAUAAUAAUAAUAAUAAUAAUGGUGAUCAAUCAUCAUCAUCAAGAUUAAAUGAUGAAAGUCUUUUAGUUGAACCGUAUUCAUUUCGUCAUGUUGAAUCAACGGUUGAACAUUUAGAUUUAAGCCAAAAUCAUAUUGAAUCAUUACCAAAUGAUUUAUUCUGUCCAUUUUUAACAUUACAUACAUUGAAUCUAUCAUAUAAUCAUUUGAUAAAUUUAGCCAGUUUUGGUCUUAUAGAUCCAGCAACUGGACGUCUUUGUUUACAAGAAUUACAUCAUUUAGAUUUAUCUAAUAACCGAUUGGAAUUUGUACCAGAAACAAGUGGUGUGGCUGCAUUGAAAAAUCUACAACAUUUAAAUCUAUCUGCUAAUCAUAUAACGGAGAUUACUGAAUUAGCUUUUUCUGCAUUACGUCGUUUACAUGUAUUGGAUUUAUCUGGAAAUCGUUUACGUACAUUACCUGGUCGUAUGUUUCGUGAUUCGGAUGAAUUGCGUGAAUUACAUUUAGCAAAUAAUGGCCUUAUUGAAUUACCAAUUGGUCUAUUUCAAGGCCUUUCAAAAUUACAAGUAUUAAAUGUUGCCGGCAAUCAAAUAACAUCGGAUACAUUGACAUCAGAUACAUUUGCCGAUCUAAUACGUGUUAUUGUAUUGGAUAUUUCUGGUAACAAUCUACGACGUUUACCAGCAUCAACAUUUCAGAAUCAAUAUUCAUUACAAGUGCUUUCAUUAGAAUAUAAUGAAUUGGAAACAAUUGACGAAGGAGCCUUUUCAACAUUAUAUAAUCUACAUAAACUUAAAUUGGCUGGAAAUCGUUUUCGUCAUCUACCGGAAUCAAUAUUAUCCGGAUUAUUUGUAUUACAGCAGCUAUUAUUAUCACAUAAUCAAUUGGAACAUGUGCAUGAAGAUGCAUUUAAAAAUUGUAGCAAUUUACAGAAUCUUGAUUUAUCUGCCAAUCGUUUGACAACAAUUCCCAUGGCAUUACGUUCAUUGAAUAAAUUGAAUCAAUUGAAUCUUUCGGGAAAUAAAUUCACAACAUGGACCGAUUCAACGGCAUUGAUUGGUACGAAAAUUAAAAAAUUAGAUCUAAGCGAUAAUUAUCUGGUCAAUAUAACCAGAAAUGCAUUACGACCGAUUAUGUCUACAUUACAACAAUUAUAUCUUGGCGGUAAUCGUUUACGGCAAUUGGAUAAAGAUACAUUCAUUGAUCUACGUCAAUCGUUACGUGUAUUACGUUUAGAUCGUAAUGAAUUCAAUGAUAUCAUUUCGGCUACAACAUUUGCAACGAUAAAACAAUUGGAACGUUUACAAAUAUUCAAUAUUAGUCAGAACAAAAUUCAACGUUUUGAUUAUUCAAUCAUACCAAAUGGUCUAAUUGUAUUGGAUAUAUCGGCAAAUCGUUUAGAAACAUUGGGCAAUUAUUUUGAACGUGAUUUACAAUUACGUUUAGAACAAUUAGAUGUUAAUGGUAAUCAAUUGAAAGAAAUCCAAGCAACAUCCAUACCAAAUUCAAUACGUGUACUGAAUUUACGGCAAAAUCGUUUGGAAAAAAUUGAUCAAUUUGCAUUUGUUGCCAAACAUAAUAUCACCUUUGUUGAUUUACGUAAUAAUUCUUUACGCCGUAUUGAUAAUAAUGCAUUCCGUUUGGGUGUCCAAAGGCCAACAAAUGGUUAUUUUCAAUUUGGAUCAUCCACAUCAUUACCGUUAUCGAUUUCACAAAUAACCAGUAUUGAUAAAGAUGAUGAACAAGAAUCAACCAAUGAAAAUAUGAUGAACGUUAAAAAUCUACCAUCACCAAUAUUUUUAAUAUCCAGUAAUCCAUAUUAUUGUGAUUGUACUAUGGAAUGGUUACAACGUGUUAAUCAAUUAGUUGGUGGUGUAACCGGUUCUGGUACUAUUUCAACAUAUCCAAGAAUUGGUGAUCUUGAUCAAGUGGAAUGUGAAUUACCAUUUUCACGUCAAUCAUUAUUAUUGUCUAUUAAUAAUAAAUCAACAACAACAACAAAUGACCAACAACAACAACAAUCGUCACAAGCAGCCACAAUAACAAAAACGACAACAUUGUCAAAUAAUUUAAAAUCAAAUAAUUUUGUACCAUUAUUACAAGCAAAUUCAUCAAAUUUCUUAUGCCGUUAUCGUUCACAUUGUUUUGCAUUAUGUCAUUGUUGUGAAUUUGAUGCAUGUGAUUGUGAAAUGAUGUGUCCAGAGAAUUGUACCUGUUAUUAUGAUCAAACAUGGAAUACGAAUAUUGUCGAUUGUAGUGGUGGCCGUUAUCGUCAGGUACCAUUACGUAUACCGAUGGAUGUAACAUCAUUAUAUCUAGAUGGUAAUCAUCUACAAUCAUUGAAUGCACAUACAUUUAUUGGCCGUAAAAAUUUACGCAUAUUACAUUUGAAUCAUUCAAUGGUUGAGACCAUUUCAAAUCGUAGUUUUAAUGGUUUAGUUUAUCUGGAAGAAUUACAUCUUGAAAAUAAUCUACUGACAGCAUUAUAUGGUUAUGAAUUUGAAAGUUUACAUUAUUUAACAACAUUGAAUCUACAAAAUAAUCGUCUGUCAUUUAUUAAUGAUAAAACAUUUCAUCCAUUACGUUCAUUACAAACAUUACGUAUUGAUCAUAAUCAUUUACAAACAUUUGGUCAAUGGUUUGUUAUGGACACUAAUGCAGCAUCGAUGACAAUAGCGGCCAAUACACCACAUUCACAUCAUCAUAUUCUUCAUCAUCAUCAUCAUCAGAAUAAAUUAUCCAUACGUAUUGGUGAAAAUCCAUGGUCAUGUCAAUGUUCAUCAUUGGCAAUAAUGUAUGAAACAUUAUGGCAAUUAAGACAACGAAUAUCGGUUGCUGAUUAUCAAGAAAUACGUUGCCAACCAAAUGGUUCAACAUUAUUCGUAGGUGGCGCAGCUAAUCAUCUGAUUGAUAAAUGUAAUCUUACCAGACAAUAUUAUCUAAUGUUGAAUACACCAACAACAUCUAUUAGUUCAUUGAAUCCAUUGAUUGAACAAUCAUCAUCAUCUAUAAAUCAACAUCAAGAUUAUUAUCCUGCAACAGCCAAACCACCAACACCAGAUCCAUCAGCAGAACAGCCACCAUCACAACAAUCAACACAAUCACCACAUCAAUCAUCAGUACCUGGUUUAUAUCCACAGAAUGCAAAUAAUUUUGAUUCAAUUUAUCAUCAUCAAUCAAGACCAAUGAAUCCGAUUACGAACAACAACAACAACAACAACAAUAAUAAUAAUAAUAAUGAUAAUUCUCGUGUAUCGAUGCCAAUCAUUCCAAAUGUAAAUGAUGAUGAAAAUGAUCCAGAUCUCACAUAUCAACCAAUAGAUUUAUUGGGUGGUAUACGACCAAAAUUGCUGCCAUCACCAGUAAUGCCACCACCACCACCAUUACAGAAUCAUUCUUCAUAUUGGCCAUCUGGUUCACAUUUUUCUAUACCAUCAUCAUCGUCGCCGUCAUCGUCAUCGAUGCCAUUCAAUUCAUCAUCAUGGUUUUGGAUCAUAUUAUUACCAUCGAUAUUGUUGAUAUUAUGUAUGUUUAUUUUUCUUACAAUUCGUUUUAAACAAGAUAUACAAUUAUGGUUCUAUGGCCGUUAUGGUAUACGUUUAUUUGAGUCCGGUUUCUGUUUCGGUUCUAAUGAUAGUUCAUCCGGUUCAUCGGGUUCCGGUUCAGUUGGUUCCUCAAGAUCACGUAGACGUGCCGGCCGUAAUGGAUUUAAUGAUACUUAUGUUCGUGAUAGUGAAAAAUUAUUCGAUGCAUUUGUCAUCUAUGCACGACAAGAUGAAUCGUUUGUUGCACAACAAUUGGCAGCUGAAUUAGAAUGUGGUUAUCCACCAUAUCGUUUAUGUUUACGUUAUCGUGAUUUACCAGCUCCGACAAAUGUUGAUUCAUUAACAGCAUCACCAGGUUCCGGUACAACAAUGGGUGUAAUGACAACAAAAGAUCAUGGCUAUGCAUUUGAUGCUGUUACACAAGCAAUUGAAUGUUCACGAAGAACAUUAGUCGUUAUUUCUGAACAAUUUUUACAAUCUGAAUGGUGUAAAUUUGAAUUGAAAGCAGCACAUCAAGAAACAUUGACCAGUUGUAAAACACAUCGAUUAAUUGUAGUGGUUGUACCAACACAAACACAGCAACAACAACAACAACAACAACAUCUUCAUCAACAACAACAACCAUUAGUCAGUUCACCGAUGACAUCGCCAACAUUAUCAUCACAAAUGCCAAUGAAUAAUAAUAAUAAUAAUAAUAAUAAUUCACCAGCCAAACAGGCAGAAUCAUUAUUACAACGUUUAGAUUCAGAAACAAAAACCUGUAUACGUGGUGUAACAAUAUUAACAUGGCAAGAACGUCGUUUUUGGGAAAAAUUACGUUUUGCAAUGCCAGCUAAUUCUACGAUUGGUGGUGCUGCUGGUAGCGGAAAUGGUGGCAGUGGAUCAUCAUCAGGCGUAAUUGGAUCAAUGAGUGGUGCACUUGGAUCAUUAACAUUUGGUAAUAAUAAUAAUAAUAAUAAUUCCACCAUUGGUAGACAUCAAUCAAAUCAUCAUGGACCUGUUGUUGAUAAUUUAAAAGGACGUACAUCAACAGUUGUUGUUACAAAUUGUGGUGGUGGUAUUGGUGGUGGCGCUAGUGGUGGCUAUCCAACAUUAGCACCAUCAUCAUUAAGUUCAUCAUCAUCAUUGGCACGUAGUUCAGUUUUAUAUGAUUCAACGAUAAUGUCCAAUAAUAAUCAACAUCAACAACAGCAGCCAAUAUAUCAACAUCAUUAUCAUUAUGCACAAUUACCACCAAUUAAUCAAUCAACAAUGUCAUUACAUAAAUUGGGCAAAACAAAUAAUAAUAAUAAUGAUAAUAAUAAUCAAUCAAGCCCUAUUGUAAGGAAUCCAUUUAGUACAAAACCAUUACCACCACCACCAAAUCAGCCAUUACCACCAUUACCAUUGGUAAAUAAUAAUUCAACAACAGCAUCAUCGACAACGACAACAUCAGCAUAUAAUUCUUCAUUACAAAGUCCAAUACUUCAUUCACAAAAUCAACAUCCACAUCAUUAUCAUCAACAAUCAUCAAUUGAUCAUCAUAAUAAUAAUCAGCAGCUACAAAAUAUAAUAUGA